AUGAUCCGCAUCCCCGGAGCAAGGAUCGCGAGAGGCAAGGGCGAGGGCGAGGGCGAGUAUCAAGACAUUGUUGGCAACCUGGGCGGCCACGAAGUCGGAGGCGAUGAUGAACUGAACAAGAUUUUGGAACACGAAGAUAUUCUGCCAGCGGCUCCACGGUCCAGGAUGGCUGCUCGGCUGGAACGGACCACCCAGCAGCACCUCGACGUCAAGCUCGGCGUCCGGGCGAGGCGGCAGAUCCACAUCGCGAUGCAGCAGGAGGCCGCCCGGGGCGAGGCGGCGGCCGAGGAGGAGGACAACAACUGUGCCCUCCACAAUGGACACACCCCCGAGGUCGAGCGCCAUCACUACGCCCUCCGCGUGGACAUGCUCCACGGGCUGGACGAGCGGGCCAUGACGGUGUUCCUCCGCCACUCGCAGCAGUGGCACCGCUUCCUCGGUCUGUACGAGGCCUCCUCGACCGCCGGGGCCCACAAGCGCAAGGCCGCGCCCGCGACGACCACGACGGCCUUGGACCUGGCCGGGACGCUACGGCAGCUCCACGGCGUGGCCAGGGCCAAGGAGGAGGUGGCCGAGGGCCGGGUCGGGACCAAGAAGGAGGAGCCCGACGAGGAGGGAGAGCGCAGCGGCAAGAAGGUGGCGCGGGACGAGCCCGUCCAGACGGGGGCGGGAACGGUGGUGCGGAUGGACACCUGGGCUCGGUCCAUCCAACAGCAGCAGGCGGUGGAGGAGCUCGUCUACCGCCGACCGAGGCACGCGCUGAUGGUACAGCUGCCCACGGGUACGGGCAAGACGGUGCUAAUGGAGGUCGCGGCGCUGCUGGCCGAAACCAAGACCACGGUGGUCGUCGUGCCGUACCGCAGCCUGCGGCGGGACCUGGUCGCGCGGCUGCGCCAACGCGGCUUCGACAUCAACAACCGCGAGUCGGACCGCUGGCGCGCGGUGCACCUGGUCGUGGUUGUGCUCGAGACCUGGAACGUGAACCGGGCCUUCAAGGCCUUCAUCGACGACCUGGUUACCCAGAACCGGCUGGCGCGCAUCAUCUACGACGAGGCCCAUCUGUUGUACCAUCGAGGCCUCCAACUCCUGUCAAGACCGUGGGCUGAAUCGAUUGAGCUGAGUUGUACUGGACUGGACGAAGCAAAAUAA